AGGCUGGGCUUGGUGGGCGAGAGCGCCUGUGCAGAGCCCUUCCUGGCAGCGACCCUUGUUAUUCUUGCGUAUCCUUAGAAGUGCGACAGCUUUCACCGCUGCAUCGCCGAAAAGCGCAAGCCUGCAGCAAGCUCUUAGCACUGCAGUGCAGCACAGCACUCAACAGCAACCGCGAGCCGCAGCGAUGGACGCCGACGCCGCUAAAAAGGAGCGCAAAAAGAAGAAGUCCAAGAAGAAGAGUAAUCAGUCGAGCGUCGCGUUCUGCAUCGUCGACGGCGACGGCGCCGUCAAGGAGGUCGUAAAAAAGGACAAGAAGCGCAAGGGCGAGAACGACAAGAAGAAGGAGAAGAAGAAGAAGCGCCGGAAGGACGCCGACGACGCCGCGGCGCCCGCGGCAGCGCCGACAGCAGCGCCGUCGGCACCAGCCGCGCCGGCGCCGAAGACGAAGACUGCAGACAAUCCGACGGGAGCCACGCGGCUCUUCAUGGGAAAUUUGCCGUGGUCAAUCACGGACGACCAGCUGGCCGAGGCCUGCGGCUGCGAGCUGAAGGCCAUCAAGCGAAUUACGGACAAGGAGAGCGGCAAGUUUUAUGGCUCGGUCUUCGUCGAGGCGAGCGACGCCGCCGCCGCGGGCGCCGCCGUGAAGCGGUCGGGACAGGACGUCGGCGGCCGGCCGGUGAAGAUCGCGUUCGCGCCGCCGCGGCCCGGCGACGUCUGGCCCAGUGCACAAAUCAAAUUGUCGCGGCGCAUCUCAAUCAUGACCUCCACGCCAUCGACGCGAUGCCAUUGUCGCCAUGCCGUCUCAAUCAUGACCUCCACGCCAUCGACGCGAUGUCAGCUCAUGGCGUGGCGGUGUGGUCUCUCACCGCUCGAUUCAGUGCCAGACUCACUAAUCGAAUUGCGCACAGGUCUGGCCGCCGCGCGGCAACGACUCGCAGACGCGCCAGAAGGAGACCGUGGUACGGGAGAAGACGCCGCGGCCUGCCGAUGGGACGCUCAAAUUAUUUAUCGGCAACGUGGCGUACGAAGCUACAGAUUCGGACGUCCGCAAACUCUUCGAGCCCGUCGCGCCGAUCCGCGGCGUGCGCUGGGUGACGCACAAGCACUCGGGAGAGUUCAAGGGCUGCGGCUACCUCUCCUUCCAUAGUUGCGAGGAGACGGACGCGGCGCUCGAGCAGCUCGACGGGGCCGAGCUGUGCGGGCGGCGGAUACGGCUCGACUACACGGAGUAAGUAGCGGUCUUUGUGA